GUGACACAUUUUAUAAUACAUAGUUUCAUCUCCCCAUUUGCUUGCAGGCGAAGCAUGCAUGCGCCGCGUGGGACGGACUUGAAUCUCCUCCCUGGGGCGUGCGCCCUGCCCGUGGAUGCUGCGAGCGCGGCCGCCGUCGCUGCACUCGCAGGUCAGUAACAGAUGAACGCCGGUCGCAAUCAGCUCACUAGUGAGGCUCCCUGGCCGCCGACCUGUCUACAUCACCGAAGGUGGCCCUCAAUUCAGGAUGAAUGAGGAGGUUUCAACCAGCUGGCCGAGCAACGCGAGCGGCGGCGGCGAGCACAACGAUCCGGCCGAGUCGCUGCCUUCGCUCGAGCACUGGCUCAAGUACCAAUCGCCGAGGCCCGAAAUCCAUUACGCCAUGGGCACGAUGCUGGUUCUGAUUGGGACCACUGGUGCUCUGGGGAACUCGCUCGUGCUCUUCGUCUUCACCAGAUUUCGAAGGCUGCGAGGCCCGGCGAGCUCCUUCAUUGUCAACCUCGCCAUCGCCGACCUGUGCAACUCGCUUCUCCACUCGAUGGCAGCCGCGUCCUCAUUCAAAGGCAAAUGGAGCUUCGGUCGCACAGGUUGUGUCAUUUACGCGUUCGGCGUGGGCUAUUUUGGACUUCUUUCAAUAGUCACGUUGGCCGCCAUCGCAAUUGAGCGUUACAUGGUCAUCACAGCAAAACCCUUUUCCGGAAAUUGGAAAAUCACACAGUACGGCGCCCGCAAGGUGUGCGUGGUGGUGUGGCUGUACUGCCUAUUAAUGUCGGUGCCGCCGCUGUUCGGCUGGUCGAGCUACGUGACCGAAGGUUUCCAGACGUCCUGCUCGUGGGACUACCUGACUCGGACGCCGUCCAACCGCGCCUACUACGUCUACCUGUUGACGCUGGGCUUCGUGUUGCCGGUCGGGGUGAUCGCCUAUUGCUACACCUUCAUCCUGGCGGCCAUUUACCAGCACGGCAAGGAGAUGGACGCGGUGAAAAGGGUGCACGAGAGCAGCGGCUAUUAUCGCGGCGGCAAAACAAAGGCGAGCUUCACGGCCAGCAACUCGCAGCACGCGACCAGCACUUCGAGCAGACACGCCAGCGCCGCGCACAACAGCACUUUCAAAACGGCCGAGAUAAUUUUGCGGCUGGUGGUGUGUUUCCUGAUCUCGUGGACGCCAUACUCGAUCGUCAGCUGCAUCGGCCAGUUUGGCAACUUGUCGCUCGUCACCCCGUGGUCGGUCACCAUGUCCGCCCUGUUCGCCAAGGCGUCAGUCGUCUACAACCCCAUCAUCUACGGCCUCUCGCACCCGCACUUCCGCUCCUCCAUCAAGACGUACCUGAGCUCGUUCAACGCGGCGCCUUCCAACAACACGGCCAUGCUGCGGCCAAACUCGCCCACCGCAGCGCCGACGGCCGCCGUCACUCUCAGGGUGGGCAACGUGGCCACCUCCGCGGUGGCCCAUCGGAGCCAGAUUUCCGUGACGAGAUUUUCAAACCACCAAAGUAGACACAUGCAGCUUCGGUACAGCGGCAGCAGCGUCUCAGGGACCAGAGAUUUUGUCAGCGACCCCGGCGACCCUCUUGAGCUGCAAAAUUACCGCUUUGUCAACAACCGGAUCCAACAGCAGCAGGUGCACAACCAGCCACACCUCACCCUCCACCAUGUCACCCUUCAUUGGCAGAACAACGAUGCAGAUGCCGUGUCAUCCGAGUCGGACGAAAACGAGCAGAGUUCAGGGGUUGUUUGCAGCUCGGGUCCGUCUUCUCGAUAUCCACCCCCAAGAGCCAUCUGCGUGGUUUACGAGGGUGGUAGCGUCUGCUGCCAUGUGACCAAGGCGAGUUGCUCGUCGUCGUUGGGACAGUUGCCGAAAUCGGGCAGAAAAGGGAAAACCUGCGAGAGAGGUGUUUUUGACGAGGGCAUCGAAGAACCCACUUGAGCUCGGAGAGGAUCGGAGCGACAGGAAUCUGAAUCUCAAUGUUGAUCUCGUAGCUUUAGCUCCGAAAUGAUAACAUAGAAGUAAUGAAAACAAUUACGUUUGAUGUUUGAUAUAAAUUUCGAGGAAAGAAAGAAUUCUAAAUUGAGCAUUUCAACCAUCUGAGACGACAUUUUUGAAAGUUAAAAAGUUUAUUCUGUGUACAAAUGGAUGAUAUUCGUACAAUGAAAGAUUUUACCAGGCUAAAUUAUACGUAUAAGACUGAUUUGAGAAAUAAUAAAUAUUUAAUUUUUUUUUUUAAUUUUUACAGCGACCGCAGUAAUCCAUAUUUUGAUUCCAAAUUUAUUCUGAAAAUCUUUGAAGCUUUUUCAAAAUAUAAAUUAACUAUCCUAUCAUAUAAUAAUUUUUACAAAUAAUGAAGUUUUUUGUAUUUGUUUCAAGUGAAAAUCCAAUUGCAAUUUCAAAUUUGUUUAAUUAGACUUCAAUUAAUUUUAAAGAUAAAAAAAACGCACAAAAAGAAGAUAGAAAGGUGUUUGUCGAACCUAAAGCGACUGAAAUAAUUUAAAACGCACAACAUUCAAUGGUGAUGUGUGCAGACAGGCUUUAAAUAAAUUACUGAAUCAUAGGUUUCAACAUCAUUAUUCAUUUUCAUAUAAAAGUUGUAUCAAACUUUUCCCAUAAUGUCUGUGUAAGCUCAGUCAUGUGUAGAUGUGUGUUUCAUCUUCCUUUUGCCGAUGUUGCAGUUGCAAUUUUUACAUUUUUUGUUUUAUAGGAGAGACUCUAGUCUGUUAAGCAGAGAUAACAUUUAAUUUAAUGAAAAUCGUCAGUUCCCAUGUUCAAAUUAAGCAAAUUGACUUGAAGAAAUAAAUUGGCUUUAAUUGUAAUAAAGAAAAGAUGAGACCUGGUCUUCACUCAAAGGUUGUGCAGCCGAUUCAGCCGAGAUUGUGAGUUUAGUGCAUAUUUUAUUGUACUUUUGUGGUGAUUAUUUAAAACAACGCUUCUAUGCAGUUCUAUAUUAUGUACCACAAUAACUGACAAUUUUUCAAUGUUAAAAUAAUGAUGUGUUAUAUUCGAUUACACAAGUAAAUUUGUGGAAAAAUAUAAAUGUAUUUUUGGCAUUUGUGGUUAGAGAAUUCAAAGAUGUGCCUAAAAAAUAACACACGUUUUGGACAGAGUGUAUAAAUAAUUGUGAAAGAGUUGUUGAAAUUCAGUAUAUUUGAAAUUUUAAUAGAAAAUAAAAGCUGAUUUUUUUAAACGCUAUAGUAAAUGUGCUGGAACUAAGAAAGUUCAAAAUCCAAGGAAAACGCAGGGUAUAUUCAAAAUUAUCUGUCCUAAAUAUAAAUGGACAAACAAAUUUAAUUGGACAAAAAAAUGUACCACAAAAGUAUUUUUAUUGGUAAUUAACAUGGAUAGAUAUGAGAGGUGUGUAAACUUCAAUCAAUUUAAUAAAAUGGGUUGAUUGUAAUUAUGCUCAUUUCAUUUAAUUUUUUAACUUGUAUCUUAGUUAUCAAUUAUGAUGAUCUAAAAAAUAAUGAGUUACUGUGAAAACAAAUCCUCUGCCUGCUCUAUUUUGAACCAGAUUUUUGUCUAUAAAAUUUUAACAAAUGCAUGAAGUUUAAAAAAAGAAAUCACCUUCUCUAAGACUAAAUAAAUGUUAUGAGAAAAGUAGAUAAAUUUUUAUGGUUCA